UCCCGUCUGCUUUGUGUUGUCAGGCAGAAAGACAGAGGCAGCAGUCAGGGUGGCGUGUGUCCUGAUAACACAGGCACCACAUCGGCGACCUGAAUUCAACCAUAGCUACUCACUCUUUGUUGUUUUGUUUCUUCCUUCCUCUAAAGUAGUUAGGUAUCGUUUUGUUUUGGUUUUUUUUGGAUCCGUUUCGCUACAAUGUCGGUGGGAGUGGAGUCUGGAUUCUCGAGUGAGGAGGUCUUAACCAGCCGCUUCCCUCUCCAUCGGGCGUGCAGGGAUGGAGAUGUCGGUGCCUUGUGCUCCCUCCUUCAGUGCACCUCAAACCCGGCUGACCUCACCGUGGAGGACACCUUCUACGGCUGGACGCCCAUACACUGGGGCGCUCAUUUCGGAAAGUUGGAGUGCGUGAUGCGUCUGGUUCAGGUGGGCUGUGGUGUGAAUGCGGUGACCUCCAGGUUUGCACAGACGCCCACUCACAUUGCUGCGUUUGGGGGCCACCCUGAGUGCUUGUUAUGGCUACUCCAAGCUGGUGCAGAUAUUAACAGACAGGACUAUGUGGGCGAGACGCCCAUCCACAAGGCUGCUCGUGCGGGCAGUCUGGAGUGUAUCAACGCUCUCUUGAUUCAGGGAGCGAAAGCUGAUAUGAGGAAUGCCAGUGGGCUGACUGCUGCUGACCUGGCCCACGCCCAGGGAUUCCAGGAGUGUGCUGAGAUUCUCUCCAAUGCCCAGAACUUCCAGCAAAACAUGGCUCAGUCCCAUCACGGGGCUUUUCUGAAUGGCAUGACCCAGAACGGGGGCCACGCUCACCCCACUAUCCAGGGACGCAGCUUCUUGAAUGGCGUGCCCAACAGAAAGAGGUCGUUCGACGGCAUGGAAGCGAACCCAGUGAAGAAGGCGAGACCUAACGGUCUGGGCAUGCCACCAGAAUUGCUGAACGGAAACGGGCCACUGGGUGGUGCUGGAGAGGCCCAGAUGGAAAGCAUGAACACGGAGUUGGCGGCGACUGUAACCACAGUGGCAGGGGAGAGACACUGUGAGGAUUUUUCCUCAAACGGUCACAGUCAACCACAGCUUCCAUUUGGGUGUGACCCCGCAGCAGAAAUCUUCCACGGCCAGCUCAGCAGUGGUGACUCACCUGAGAACAACAGCACUGCAGGCAGUCAGGUGGAGCACCAGAAGUCUGUGAAAGCAGAGCAGUUGUAUGACCAUGCCUUCUUCAGCACCAUGCUUCUUUACCACGGAUCCUAAAAGUACAAAAGCAGACGGGCCGUCCCCCUUUUUUUUUGUUCUUUUAUUUUUAUUAUUUUUAUGCCUGAAUCUCAUAUAAGCCUAAACAAGUGUUAAUUUGCCUUAAAAGCCAUUGAGUGGUUCUGUUAUUCAUUGAUUGUUUCUGUGUUGGAUGGAAAGGGCGGGCCCAUUUGUGGAGUUUGUAACCGAGAAAGUUGAUUUUGUUUGUGUUGUUUUAAAAAGUGUUUGUUUAGCUUGUUAAAGUUUGAUUAAGCUGUUCUAAUACACUAAAGUAAGCUUCUGUGUUCUGCUAAUGUUAAUAAAAAGUACAUCCUAUGUUGCUCAUUUAUGAUUAAAAAGAGUUUUUUGGCAAAAGUUAAA